GCCAGCACUAACGAAUUUUCCUGGGUAAAAAAAAAGCGGAGUGAAAAUUUCCGAUUUUCUCGCACGUUUUCUCCGAUUUAGCCAGCCAGAGUGGGUCAUAGGACCUUCGAGAAAGCUGUCACUGUCCGGUACGCCGCAACCAUUUUUACGCCGUCUGUGAGAGGGAAAUGAGCGGAGCCAGUAACAAAAUGUCGGCCACUGAUCAGAUGCGCGCAAUGCUGGACCAGCUCAUGGGCACCACACGGAACGGGGACGAGCGCCAGCUCAAGUUCUCGGACUCGCGGGUGUGCAAGUCCUUCCUGCUUGACUGCUGCCCGCACGACAUCCUGGCGUCCACACGCAUGGAUCUCGGUGAGUGUCCCAAAGUCCAUGACCUGGCUUUCCGCGCAGAUUACGAGAGCGCGGCAAAGACGCGCGACUACUACUACGACAUCGAGGCCAUGGAGCACUUGCAGGCCUUUAUUGCCGACUGCGAUCGGCGGACAGACUCGGCGAAGCAGCGACUAAAGGAGACCCAGGAGGAGCUCACCGCCGAGGUGGCGGAAAAGGCCAACGCUGUGCACGGCCUGGCCGAGGAGAUUGGCAAGAAGCUGGCUAAGGCGGAGGCUCUAGGCGAGGCUGGUGAGGUAGAGGACAGCAUGGAGCUGAUGAAGGAGAUUGACGAGCUGCGCGGCAAGAAGAUUAAAGCAGAGCACGAGUACCGCACAUCCAUGCCAGCAUCGACGUACCAGCAGCAGAAGUUGCGCGUGUGCGAAGUCUGCUCCGCUUACCUGGGCAUCCACGACAACGAUAUCCGGCUGGCGGACCACUUUGGUGGUAAGUUGCAUCUCGGCUUCCUCACCAUCCGCGAGAAGCUGAUCGAGCUGGAGAAGACGGCGGCGCCGCGCAAGGCCGAGCUAAAGAGGACGGGUAAGAUGCCCGAUCGAGACGAUGAGGGACGAGGACGCAAUCGCUACUUUGUAGGUGGCCGAGAGUUGGACCGUCGUUCGCGUGUUCAUCGCUCCCGUUCCAGGGAGCGAAUGCGUAUCCGUGAUGCGGAGCGAGAACGUGACAGGCCCAACGGCGAAAAGGGCGGCAAGGAGGGGCCUGAUGGACCUGCGGAACGACCCGAACGGCCAGCAGAACGUGAACGCGGCGGAGGCGGACGUCGAGAGGACCGUGGUGAUCACAGAGAUGGCCGGCAGGAGCGAGAACGUGAUCGGGAUGGCAGACGGGAUCGUGAUCGAAACCAGGGACACCGCAACGACAGAGGACGCUUUGGAGGUGGAGGAGGCGGCAACCACCGAGAGGACAGACGUCGAUCACGCUCCAGGGACAGAUCCCCGCGAGAACGCCGCAACUUCAAUCACUUUCGGGAUGGACCUGGUGGCGGCGGUGGCGGUGGCGGUGGAGGAGGCGGCGGCAAUGGCAACAGAAGGCGCUCCUACUCCCGUGAACGCUACAACCGCCGCUAGAGGAGUCCCUGGUCACAGCGCACGUACGUAGCAUUAAUCAGAACAACUACAAUGCCACCACAAAAAAUAAGAACUACUGAAAAGCCAACAGCAAUCGAGAAUAUAUUCGUAGCUUAAUCAUCCAACCAACCUUGGAAAUGUUAAUAAUUUUUACUCUUGAUCUUACGCUCCUUUUAACCUCUUAAAGACCGAAAUAAAACGAAUUAAACUCUG